AUGUCAACAUCAGGAGAUUUUGGGAAUCCCCUUCGAAAAUUCAAGUUAGUAUUUCUGGGUGAACAGAGUGUAGGGAAAACUUCACUCAUAACCAGAUUCAUGUAUGACAGCUUCGACAAUACCUACCAAGCAACAAUAGGUAUAGAUUUUCUUUCUAAAACAAUGUAUCUAGAAGAUAGAACAGUAAGGCUGCAACUUUGGGAUACUGCUGGUCAAGAACGUUUCAGGUCAUUGAUACCAUCUUACAUAAGAGAUUCAACCGUAGCAGUAGUAGUUUAUGAUAUUACUAAUGCUAAUUCUUUCCAUCAGACCUCUAAGUGGAUUGAUGAUGUAAGAACUGAGAGAGGUAGUGAUGUCAUUAUAAUGCUGGUUGGUAAUAAAACUGAUUUAUCUGAUAAGAGGCAGGUCAGUACAGAAGAGGGAGAAAGAAAAGCUAAGGAAUUAAAUGUUAUGUUCAUAGAAACCAGUGCGAAAGCUGGCUAUAAUGUUAAACAACUUUUUAGGAGAGUAGCUGCAGCUUUACCAGGUAUGGACUCAACGGAGAAUAAACCUCCAGAAGAUAUGCAAGAAGUAGUACUGAAGGAUACACCAAAUGAACUCAAAGAUCCUGACGGCGGAUGUGCGUGUUGA